AUGUAUUUUCAACCAGGUUUAAUCGAUGGUUCCACAGCAUUUAGGCCAUAUUUCAUGUUUAUUUGCAUUCUUCUUCAUUCUUAUCAUUUUGGAAUUUUCCAUAUUUAUCCGUAUUUUCAUAAAUCCAGAGAGCCGAAUCAUUUAUAUAUCACUCGUAAUAUAGUAUGCGGUCAACUUCUUAACCGUUCAGUUGCUGUAUUAUUACUACAUUUCGUUGAUAAUUUUCAAACAUCAAUAUCGGCCACAGCAGCCUAUGCGCUCGGUUUUUACAGAGUACCAACUAUUGGGAUUGGCAUACAAGGAGCUGAAUUCUCCAGAACAACCUUCCCGACAUUUCUGAGAACAUCACCACCACACAGCAAUGAAGCCAAAGUAAUUCUGCACCUGCUUCGUGAAUUACACUAUCGAGAAGUUGUGGUCGUUCAUGCGAAGGACGACGUCGAUGCAAUUGAUUUUGUUACUGUUUUCGAAAAAAAUCGUUCAAAAUUUGAGAUACACGUGCAAAAGUAUAUCGAAAUCGAUCUGUCGAUGAACCUCACAAAUCAGCAAGUUGAAGAAUACUUCGAAGAAUACAUUAUUCAUUUUCUUCUAAAUCAAUUUUUGCGUAGAUGGAUAACUAUUCAAAAAAUUUGUCCGUGUUUAAACCAGAGAUUUCCCAACAUUAAUCGAUAUUUGUCGGUAAAAUUACGACAAAAUACUCUAUCCGCAUUACGUGACGCACUGGCUGUGAUCCAUCAUGGAAUUGAAUUCCUAGUUAAUUAUGAUGUCGAACCACCGCAACAAUGUGAGACGACGGUGAUCAAUAAUUUAUGGAUAGCGAAAAUUGGAGAUGAAUUUUACAAGUCAAUUUUUUUCCAUCAGUUACAUCAAAAAUUACAGCUGGACGAGGAAUUAUUACUUUUUUUUCAACAAAAUUAUAAAAUAAAUGCACGCGAUGAAAUAUAUUUGAAUGAAGCAAAAAUUAUCUGGUCGGGUGGUACUGCGAAACCACUCGAAAUAACGCUACCAAAAUUUUUGCGCGCCGUUGCUGUAGCAGAUCCGCCGUUUGUUUACACGGUUCCUGUGCUUGACGCAUCACGUUGUCUUCAUCUUGAUAUUCUCGUAAUCGAUGGAAUCGAUGUGAUUGGACCUUGGUGGUCGUGUAUAAAACGGCACAAUGAGAGCAAGGUGGACAAUUUCUGUUGCGCUGGGUACGCCAUCGAUUUACUGUCAAAUUUAUCGCUUGGCGAGAUUAAUGGAAGCAUAGAUACUGCGUUCAAAUUUGAAUUGCAUUUAAAUGAAACUUAUGGAAUCGUAAUUUAUGGCGAUAAUGGCUAUGUUCUGAAUGGAAUUAUGGGUGAGUUAGAUUCUGAUUCAGCUGAUAUUGCUGUUGGUGCUUUAACAAUAAAUCCCGAACGUGAACAGUAUAUCGACUUUUCGGAACCAUGGUUGUACCACGGUAUUCGGAUCCUCGAAAAAUGGAAACCCCGCGAAUCACCAAUGGAAUCAUUUUUGCAACCCCUCAAAUCGAGUCUUUGGAUUGCACUCUUCAUUUCUGUUAUACUUGUCGGCUGUUCUAUUUUUCUUCUCGAUUUUUAUUCGCCUUUUGGUCGUUUUUUACGGAUCAAGAAGAAUACUACGAUUUGUUGGCAAGAUAAACUUGAUAAAAAUGGUGAACAAUUGAACUUUGGUGAAGCAAUGUGGUUUGUAUGGGGAGUUUUGCUCAACAGUGGGGUAUGUGAAAAAACACCACGUAGCUGCAGUGCUCGCAUUUUGGGUAUCGUUUGGUGCGGAUUUUGUAUGAUUAUGGUAGCAUCAUAUACUGCAAAUCUUGCAGCGUUUCUAGUCCUCGAUCAACCAGAACGCGGAUUAACUGGCAUCACUGAUCCUCGGAUAUCGAAUUUCACAUUCGGAACGGUCCUCAAUACAAAUACUUAUCAAUAUUUUAAACGCCAUGUUGAACUAUCGACAAUGCAUCGAAACAUGGAACCACAUAAUGUUAAAACAGCUGCUGAUGCUAUAAAAGCGAUUUUAAAUGACACAUUGGAUGCAUUCAUAUGGGAUUCAACACGUCUUGAAUAUGAGGCAGCAAGACACUGCGAACUUCGAACUCGUGGUUCCUUAUUCGGUCGUUCAGCUUACGGCAUAGGACUGCAAAAAAAUUCCCCAUGGACUCCGCACAUUACAAAUGCUAUUUUACGCCUUACUGAAAGUGGAAAAAUGGAAGAAUUGUAUGACAAAUGGAUAACGCAACAUCAAAAGAAAGAUUGCAUAAGAACAGAACACAAAUCACCAGCUCGUUUAGGAUUAACCAAUAUGCGAGACGUGUUCAUCUUAAUAUCUGGAGGGAUUGUGGUUGGAAUUCUUCUUAGUGUAAUCGAGGUCUCCUAUGGACGACAUAAAACAGCUAAAAGAAUAUUGAUGCUAAUAAAAAAAAAAACGAGAAAACUUUAUCAAAUGAACUGCGAACGAUACAACGCCUAUGGAUAUUUGAUUCAACGGAAGAUCUUUAGAACAGAAUUAAAUUUUCGCAAGAAAAGCGUUCGCGUAUAUUGCAGUCGUUGCCGGAAUCUCAUCGAAACUCACCCAUAUCCAAUUGUCGGCCUAUUCGCUUAUAUAACAUCAGCAAUUCUGAUUAUUCUAUUUCUUUGGCCAUGUGCACCAAUUCCGUGCUUUUUAUCAUGUUUCGCUGAUUAUGUCCAUUUUUGUCCACGCUGUGGUCAUAAAAUUGGUCAAUAUAGAAGAGGAAGAAAGCCGAAAUUUUUUGUUUAA